GCGGUUAGGUCGGGCGGGAACCUUUCCUUCACUGGCCAGCCUACUAUGACGAUCACCUACAGCUGCAUUGCUAAUGGCCGAGAGGUCUUAGCGGAUCUGGCCUUGACCGGUGGCUCCUAUCAGGAACCAGCAGCAACAGUGCUUAGACUAGUGCUUCUUAGAGCUGAACGAAACACCAUAAUUCAAAUGGGAAGCUUUAUCUAUCAUAGUCUCUUUAUUGAUGGAAUCACUUACCUAUGUGCCUCAGACAAUGCCUUGGAUACUAUAACACCAUCUGCAUUUCUUAAAAGUAUUAGUGAUACUUUUCUGAGAAAUCCUCUGAUGUCACAAGAACAUUUUUCUCCUUCAAAUGCAGUUGCUGCAGAUUUUCAACAAGUAUUAGGAAAGUAUAUGGUGAAAUACAAUAAAAAUCAAGAUAACAGCUCGAUGUCCACACUGAGGAGUCAAGUAGCUGAUGUAAAAAAUUUUAUGACACAAAAUAUUGAUAAAUUAUUGGAAACUGAAGAAAGAUUUAAUAUCUUCCCUGACAAAACAGAUGCUCUCCAAACAACUGCCAAAGAUUCCAAAACAAGAAAGAUUCUUAAGAGGAUAUGGUGGAAACAUUUCAAAAAGAUUAUAAUCAUCUCCAUGGCAAUUCUCCUUUCAAUCAUCAUCAUUCUUCUAAAUGAGAAAACUGAAGCACAAGUUGUCACUUGCCCGAGUCCACUGGACUAGUUAGAGGAAAGGACCAACAAACCAAGACACUGCUUGCUGUGCGGAUGCAGAAGGUAGUGCAGGCCUGGGGAGUUCCAUCACACAAUCAUUCCUUCAUUCAAACGGCCGUCAGCAGAGCUGUCUUGGUUCUCUUCAUUUCCCAACUUUCUACUGGACACACCCACUUGGGCAUCAUGCAAACACUCAAAUUUUAAAUCCCAAAACUAUGUUCUUCCUUCUUUCCCCACAAAACUGCUUAUUUGGCCUUAUUUCCUGUAUCAAGGGAAUCACAGUGCAAUCUAGAACUGUCUUGUCCUCACCUUCCCAAAUUUACUCACCAAAAUCACAGGACUUCUACGUCAACCCUCCAGAAGGUUCACCACCAGAGAAGCCCGGAAGUUACAGAAAGCAGGGAGUCCCUGCAGGUGGCCAGGCAAACUUCAGAAAGGGCCCUCACCGCCUCAUGGUGGACCCGUUACUCACGUUGGGCUACACUAUGCUCUUCGUGUUCACACUGCCCAGCACAUACAGGCGUUAACGUUUGGUCCUUUUUCAUAUGCCUGAUUUCUGUAUUUCCUCAAGUCAUUGCAAUAAAUA